GAAUGUUUGUUAGGUUGUUAGGUUAGGUUAAUUUAAUAAUAAAAAAAUACCUCACAUCUAGGCCUAGUCCGACCUUGUUCUAUGCUGUAGCUAUAAGAUUUUGACAAUUUAACAUAUUUGUUGUGGUAUCCAAUCACUGGAUUCCAAUCGUUUUCCCUACCAUGAUUUAUAUUUAAUUAGGCCUAAUAUUUUUAUUUCGUGCCACAGGAUUAAACUUAUUUUAUGUCAAUAUGAAAGUAAAGGUGUUGACUAGAAAUCCUGACCAUUACCUAAGAGAAACCAAGUCAGAUAUUUUUAAAGCUCCAAGGAACUAUGAUCCCAGCCUUCAUCCAUUUGAGGCGCCACGAGAGUAUGUUCGAGCCCUGAAUGCUGUGAAGCUAGAGAGAGUUUUUGCCAAACCGUUUAUUGGAAAUUUGGAUGGUCAUAGAGAUGCAAUAUGUUGCUUGAAGAAACAUCCCAACAAGUUAGCUCUGUUAUCAAGUGGAGAUUUCAAUGGAGAGGUUCGUCUGUGGGACUUAUCUCAGAGGCAGUGUGCUCGCACUAUCCAAGCACAUGACGGUUGUGUCAGGGGACUUACCUUCAACUCUGACGGUACUCAUUUGCUGUCUAUCGGAGAUGACAAGACCAUCAAAAUAUGGAAUACAGAUAUUGACUUUGAAAGUAACGAAGAGAAUAUCAGUACUAUAAUUAGUAAGAGCGUGUUGUUGAGUAUCAGCUUCAGUCAGGACGGAGACAAGUUCGCCACUUGCGGAGACACUUGUCAGCUGUGGGAAGAGUCUCGUAGCGAACCAAUCAGAACACUCACUUGGGAUGUGGACUCUCUCAACUACUUAGCCUUCAAUCCUGUCGAGACUUAUCUUUUAGCUGCGUGUGGCAGUGAUAGAAGCGUAAUUCUGUACGACACCAGAGAAUCAGGACCGCUACGUAAACUGACGAUGGCCCUCCGGACAAAUCAGCUUGCAUGGAACCCGAUGGAGGCGUUUACAUUCACCUGCGCCAAUGAAGACUACAACUUGUACACAUAUGACAGUCGUAAUCUGAAGAUGGCCUUGAAUGUACACAAGGACCAUACCUCAGCUGUUACUUGUGUUGACUACGCUCCUACUGGCCGAGAGUUUGUGUCCGGCAGUUACGACAAAUCUGUACGCAUUUACGAAGUCACUAAGGGACAUUCAAGAGACAUUUACCACACAAAGCGAAUGCAGAGACUAACCAGUGUUGCUUGGACAAUGGACAACAAAUACAUCGCCACUUCCUCGGAUGAGAUGAACAUACGACUGUGGAAAGCAAGGGCAUCGGAAAAGUUGGGCGUGCUGAUGGGCAGAGAAAGGGCAGCUCUGAAUUACAACGAGGCGUUGAAGAAGAAGUUUGCCAACCAUCCACAGAUUAGGAGGAUAGCUCGACACAGACAAGUGCCCAAACACAUCUACAAUGCUCAGAGAGAGCAGCGCACCAUCCGGGACAAAACAAAGAGAAAAGAAGCCAACCGCCGUACCCAUUCCAAGCCUGGAACAGUUCCUUUUGUGCCAGAAAGAAAGAAACAUAUUGUCACAGAAAAAUCUUAGUGGUUUUUAUAUCAUUAUAUUUAAUGUAAAAAGUUUUCCACAUAAUUGAUUAAAAGUACAACUCCAAAGUA